AUGGCAACUCCAGCUGCUUCCUCGAGUGGUUCACAACCAUCGGCGGUUGUUCCAGUCCUUCAACCAGAUGGGUCAUGGGCAGUGCCAGUGAGUAUACCACUACCGGAUGGAUCGUCUGUCGUACAAUGGAUUCCGUUGGCAGGAAUACCAGCACCAACAGCUUCACCGGCAGCAACAGCAUCGUCACCGCAGACAGCACCAACAUCAGCAGCAGUCUUGCCGGCAGCAACAACGUCGUCGCCGCCGACAGCAUCAACAUCAGCAGCAGUCUUGCCGGCAGCAACAACAUCGUCACCGCAGGCAGCAUCAAUAGUAGCAGCAGUCUCGGCCGUGACAACUCCGUCGUCGCCGCAAACAACAUCAACAGGAGCAUCAAAUGUAGCGGCAAAGUCACCAACUGCUGGCGGAAAGGGCGAGAAAUCAAGUAACGGCCUUCCUGUCAAACAAGUGCACUCAACCGCAGGCACUGCUGUCUCUAGGAACUCUGCGCAGACGACUUCAUCAAGCAGCCCUUUUUCGGUGGCACAAGUGGAGGCUUCUGGUGAUACCAACUCUAAAAAACCAGAGGCUGGGCCUGUGACGGAAGCGCGCCCUGCUGUGCCUAGCUACCGUGCGGCUUUAGUUGGAGGAAGCAGCGGAUCUAGCGAUAGUAAAGGACUGACGGGCGGCGUAACGCCACGCAAUAAAGGAGGAGCAGGUGGAGUCACGCCGUGGCAAGUUGGCGUCGCGACACCGCAAAAGCCGAAUGCUGUGACAGAAGGAACACCACGCAAAGGGGCUGCUCGAGUAGCAACACCACAAAAAGGAAGCCUUGGCGAAAGCGAGGCGAAGCCAGUAGCACUGCAGCAAGUAGUGGAAAUAGAAGAACCAAGGCAGCAGGGUGCUGCUACUGGAAGUACGGCUUCUCUUGCAGUCGGAUCACAAGAGCGAGAAGUGGCACUGCAGGCAGAAGGCUUAGCCACAAGCACUAGUGCCAACGGCGCCACAAGUGCCGAACAGAAUGCAGUCGCGGGUGAUGGAAUACCCCAGCCAGCCGCGGGAAGUGCCGAACAGAAUGCAGUCGCGGGUGAUGGAAUACCCCAGCCAGCCGCGGGACGCAAAGUGA